AUGAGAUAUCGGCACAUAAACAACUUCAUCUCACUAGCCCGUGAUCGAGACUCUGGCCGAGUAUUCGUCGACCCCGAGACGGGUGAGCCGCGAAUUGAGUACUCACCAUCUGAUUUCGACCGCGAGAACAAUCUAGAGGGAAUCAUUGGGCUCGCCAAGAUUGCCUACGUCGGUGGUGCGACAGAGAUUCGAGCGCACAUUUACGGCCUGCCGCCGUUUAUACCCAACGCCUCCGAGCAAGCAAAACACGUUCAAGACAAAGAUCCCGAGUUCACAGAUGCUGCUUUUGGCAAAUGGUUACAGCACUUGCGCACUCUGGGCAACAAGCCGCCCGUGUCUGCCUUUGGGUCGGCGCAUCAGAUGGGAACGUGCCGAAUGAGCGCCAGCAACGAGUCAGGCGUGGUUGAUGAGAGGGGAAGCGUCUGGGGAAAGAAGAACUUGUUUGUUGCAGACUCUAGCGUGUUCCCAAGCGCGAGCGGCGUCAACCCCAUGGUCACGGUCAUGUCCAUUGCAGACUGGAUAUCACGGGGUGUCUCUAAAGAGCUGUAG